UUUGGAGCCCUAAACACGUUGCAUUCUUCCCAAGCACUGGAAAAGAGAGCUGGAACCUCCCCCUUGCUCUCUCUCCCUCUACAUACACCCAUCACCGUGAGACCAGGGACGCCCCUCUUCCUUUGCCCCCGUAGACUCCAUCAGAUACCACUUGGCCUCCUCUUGGCUUCGCCCACCCAGUAAUGCGUAUUAGGAGAUCGAACUCGGGACCAAGUGCCGCUCUGCCCCGUGCCAUGAUGCCCAUCAGCCGCUGGCCGGUGCUGGCCCUGCAGGCCGCCUUUCUAGUGAGCUUCGUGGCUUGCAAUGACGCCCCUCCCGUGCCCUCGGACCAGCUGCAAAUCGACAAGCGAUCGGUGCCCGACAGCUGCCCCAGAGCUGUUAAGGAGGGAGACUUCGUGCGGUACCACUAUCAUGGCACAUUCCCCGAUGGCAGCAAAUUCGACUCCAGUUAUGACCGAGGAACAUCUUACAAUGUGUUUGUUGGAAAAGGGAAGAUUAUUGCAGGAAUGGACAAAGCCCUGAUUGGAAUGUGUGUAAAUGAGAGGAGACUGAUAAAAAUUCCACCCAAUCUCGCUUAUGGGAGCGAAGGUGUAUCUGGUGUCAUACCUCCAAAUGCUGUGCUUCACUUUGAUGUCCUUUUACUUGAUAUCUGGAACCCAGAAGACUCAGUGCAAGUGGAGACAUAUUUCAAACCACAGAAUUGUUCUCGUACAGUCCAAGUGUCAGAUUUCAUACGAUACCAUUACAAUGGAACAUUGAUGGAUGGAACACUUUUUGAUUCAAGUCACAAUCGUAUGAGAACUUAUGACACCUAUGUUGGAAUUGGCUGGCUCAUCCCUGGCAUGGAUAAUGGGCUCCUAGGAAUGUGUGUUGGAGAAAAACGCAUGAUCAGAAUUCCACCAUUCCUUGCAUAUGGAGAAGAUGGAGAUGGUAAAGAUAUUCCUUCUCAGGCUUCUCUAGUUUUUGAUGUGAUUUUGCUGGAUUUGCACAACCCAAAAGACGGUAUCACUGUGGAGAGCCAGUAUGUGCCUGACAACUGUGAGCGGAAAACUCAAGUUGGGGACUACAUCAGAUACCACUACAAUGGGUCACUUCUAGAUGGCACAUUAUUUGACUCAAGCUAUUCUCGGAAUCAUACCUAUAACACCUACAUUGGGAAGGGUUACGUCAUUUCUGGAAUGGAUGAUGGUUUGCUUGGCGUGUGCAUUGGAGAAAGGAGGAGAGUAAUUAUUCCACCCCAUCUUGGUUAUGGUGAAGAAGGCAGAGGGAAAAUCCCAGGAUCUGCUGUGUUAGUUUUUGAUAUCCACGUCAUUGAUUUUCACAACCCAGAAGACUCUGUCAGCAUCACUGCACAAUUUAAGCCAAGUAACUGCACAGUGCUCAGUAAAAAGGGAGAUUACCUGAAGUACCACUAUAAUGCUACUCUCAUGGAUGGUACCUUGCUAGAUUCAACGCAUCAGUACGGCAAAACAUAUAACAUAGUCUUGGGCUCAGGUCAGGUGGUCAUGGGAAUGGACGUAGGUCUCCAAGAUAUGUGUGUUGGAGAAAAACGUACAGUAAUUAUCCCUCCACACUUGGGUUAUGGAGAGGAGGGAGUAGAUGGAGAAGUUCCUGGAAGUGCAGUUUUAGUCUUUGAUAUUGAAUUAUUAGAAUUGGUUCCUGGACUUCCUGAAGGAUACAUGUUUAUAUGGAAUGGAGAGGUAUCUCCGAACCUCUUUGAAGACAUUGACAAAGAUAAAAAUGGGGAAGUUCAAUUAGAGGAGUUUUCGGAGUACAUUUAUACUCAAGUUAAAGCUGGUAAAGGAAAACUGGCUCCGGGAUUUGAUGCCUCUAAAAUCAUAGAGAAUAUGUUCAGAAAUCAGGAUCGAAAUGUCGAUGGCAAGAUCACCGAAGAGGAGUUCAAACUGAAGGACCAAGAGGAUAAAGAGAAGCAUGACGAACUUUAAAAUAUUACAGAGUGUUGCCAAAAUGUGUGUGUCUUUAUGCACUGUGAAUGCAUUAAUAGGACAGUCUAAAAGAUUUGAGACCCAUGGAAAUGUGGGGAAAAAAAUAACAAUGGGUGCUAAAUGGCUUGUAUAUUUUAAGAUUGGCAUAAAUGUGAAUUCAUUAGAAUUAUCAGUUUCUGUUUCAGUUCUGAAAUUCAGAAAAAGAUGUUUGAUAAGUUGAAAAGUACCCUAAAAUCAUGAAAUGGACACCAGCUCUAUAUUCCCAAUUUUCUAUCAUUUGUAAAUGUCAGUAAUAAGCAGCACAGCAUAUAAGUCAUCAUAUUUAUGUAUGUUCUGUCAAUAGACAAGCCAUGCAAGAUUUUUUUUUAUUCUAUAUAAACCGUACAUGCGCGUGUAUGUGUGUGAGUGUUUGAAUGAGGGAGAUGGGGUAGUUGACUGUGAUGUAAAUGGGUUCUGGGUAAUUAGUAUGGUCAGGCCUUAUUUAGCACUGACAACAAGUAUUAGGACUGUUUAAUGAAUUUUCUGUUGUUACUUUCAUAUCAAGUAAAGAUUCAAGUUUUUUUUUUAUUCAGGGAGUAAAUGGAAGUGCUCUUUCAAUUUUAAAAACAAUUCAGAAAUAAUUUGACUCUAAUAAAUAAACAGUUAUUGUAUAUGAUAUAGGAAUGAAAAUAUGCAUAUCAAGACUUGUGUGUGCAUUUGAGCGAUAGUUACCUAAUUGAGAAUUCAUGGUGAAUUCAAGUAGAUUUCUAUUUAAAGUCCAGAGUAGCUAAAUGGAGAGCAUAGCUGACUUAAAGAAUUUUUCCAUUUCAGCUAUUUUGACCUUAAAAUUGAAAUGUUCGUUGAAUUCACCAUACAUUCUCACUUUAGUAAAUAACCCUGUUAGAGUGUAUAUUUUUUUCUCCAAGUACAGAAGUGGCUAGCUCGAAUGUAUCUUUCACGUGGCUAAAGUUUGCACAAUCCAGUUGCAAUAUGGAGGUGCAACUGGAGAAAAAUAUAUUUUAAUAUCACAACAUCUAACAUAUCACAAGUUGUCUGAACUAUGCACUGCAUUAAGGAUGCAGUCCGUGAAUUUUUACGCCUUUGCACCAGUCUGUUUCUAUCCAACUAAAGCAACUUACAUUUUGUAGGAUUGCAAAUCAAACAUGUACUGGUAUUUCUUUUAUUGCUUAGUGUUGUUUGGUGUUGCAUGAAAAGUGUUUCCCGGUUGUAUGCAAUAUUCAUAGUGAGGCCAGCUAGUUAAUCGCAAGAGGUACACAUGCAUAACUAACUGAUUUCCCUUCAGCAACAAAUAAACUACACUUCCUGACAGACAACCCUUUUCAUGUAAUGCCCAACAGCAACAUGAUGGUAAGAAAGUAAGUUUCUGUGUUAAAGCAUAGUGAUAUAAACAGAAAAUAUCAAACAUUUUCAUUGUGCUGCAAAUAUAUUAAAAAUAAAAACUCUGACAAGAGUAAAUUUUUAAUAAAA